GCAAUUGAGUGUUAAAAAAUAGGCAACAACAUCUAAAUGUUUAUGGAGUAGUAGCUUAUCACAUCUUUCAUUAAUCACGACGUUCCCCGAAUAAAAGUAACCAAAGAAUAAAAUAAACCAAGUAACAUUUAAAUAUUUAAUGAUAUGACUUUGUUCUCAUGACACACCCCAAAUGUUAGUAACAUGUAGCAAAACGAGUCAUGCUAGGUCUCACCAAUUUUCUCUUAUUUGUGUAGUGGUCUAAUAGAGUAAUGAGAGCAGUUCUAGCUAAAAUAAAUGAAGGUAGCAAUUAUCUUACUUCAGGAAUUGUGUUUUCAUGUAUGGAUAUUUUCACUAUUUUCUUCUCAAAAUUUUCAAUAAUUAGAUCGAUGCAAUGUGUUGCGCACUAUGUGCAAUAUAAUUUUUUCCUCAUUUGUAUUAACAACUCUAGCACCUUUCUAGUUUGCGGCAUCAUUAGUCACAAUGUGAGUAACCUCUGCAGAUUGAACCCUAUCUGCACCCAGAGCCGCUCCUCUAGCGGUCCUACCACCGCAUCUGAUAUACUAGCAAUCCUUGUGAAUAACAUGCUCUUCAUGAACAACUUCCACCUCAUCAUCUAUCAUAUUAAGCACUGUCAACAAAUUUAAUUAUAUCAGUAGAUCAAUAAAUUUAUUUUCAACAAUGUUUGAUGUACCCACUUUUAUACCCAC